GACAGAUUCCGAAAGAAAAAUCAUAAUAAGAUGGCUGCGUUGUCAGGCGGAAGUGGUCCGGGUAAAGGUACAGACCAGGUAUUAGAAGUUGGAUCAGCCUUACUGAAGGAUUUCGUCUUCGAGCGCGUGCGUCGCUAUGGGGAUGAAAACGCCGUGGUUACCCGCAGCCAGCUGGGAGGAAGCGAGCUGUGCGAUCCCAACCACAAGCGGCUGGCGCGAUGCCUGCAGCAGAUCGGCGACGAGCUGGACGGAAACGUGCAUCUGCAGAGCAUGAUUAAUGAUCCUACCCUCCGGCCUAGUAAAGACGUAUUUUGCAAGGUGGCCUCUGAGAUCUUUUCGGAUGGAAAGUUCAAUUGGGGCAGGGUGGUGGCACUCUUCUACUUUGCCUGCCGGAUGGUCAUUAAGGCCCUGGUGACCCGUGUCCCGGACAUUAUCCGCACCAUCAUCAGCUGGACAGUGGACUACAUGCAGGAGCACCUGAUAAACUGGAUCCGGGAGCAAGGUGGCUGGGAAGGCAUCUGGGCACACUUCGGCACCCCAACCUGGCAGACUUUGGGAGUGUUCCUGGCCGGAGUCCUGACCACAGUCCUGGUCAUCCGCAAGAUGUGAAGGCUGACAGCAGACAGCUGCGGGGGAGAGAGAGAGAGAGAGAGAGAGGGGGAG